AUGCUUUGCGAGUGGCUGGCAACCAGCAGUGACCUGAAAGUCACGGACAAGGAGCGCAUGUUGCUCCGCAUCUUCUCGGGCGACGACCAGCCGAUCCAGGAACUGCCCGAGGAACACAGGAAAUGGCUGGAGACCUUUGUCACCUAUGGUGGCAGGAAGAUGGACGACCUCCUGAGGUGGCGAGUCCUGGGACAUUUGGCGGCGGUCUUGAUCGCCGCACCUGAGACCUCCCUGCUGCACUCCCUGCGGUGCAUGAUGCUGGACCCUGAGAAAAUGACCAAGGACUUCCCAGCAUUCUUGCCCGCAAUGGAUGAAGAUAUCAGGCUUUGCAGAGUGGAUGCGGAGCGGCAUUUGAAACGCUGUGGGCCGCGGGGCCGCGGCCUGGGGCUGCCAGUGCUGAUGGAUGGGAUGGGAUUGGAUGGAUACGCAGGUUACUGCCGCUACGAUCUGCGGAUAUGUCAGGCCUUGGUCGAGCGAGGUGAGAACAUUUGGAAGUUCAAGAGCGUUUUCGCCACCUUGGUACCGCUUUUGCACAGCUAUGGCAGCUACGGGCCUUGGAUCCGUUUUCCCCACGAUGGAAGUACUGUGACUUCCGAGGCCAUUGGUGGAAAUGCUCCUGUGGCUUCACCUUCUUCAUUGGCCCCUCAGCACAGGGAGAGACCACUGACAGUCAAGGAAGUGGCCAAGUGUCCCGGCUGCAGUCUGAACAUCGGCGGACGGGAUCACAACCAAACCGAGCACACCUUUCAGGACGAUGAGAGCGACCGAUCCCCUUGGGGCUACGUUUUGCCUCCUGCCGAGAAGGAUGAGAAACACGUCACCUUUAGGGAGGUGCAGAGCAGCUCGGCCCGGGCCAUUCGUUUGAUGCUGCACGGGAGCAUGUUCCUUGGGAUCAUGGCAGCCUCCAAACCUGGAACGCCACAUGGCGGAAGUGAUGUGGUGUGCCAUGGGUGGCAAGAUCCUUUGCCGAAGAUCUAUGGGCCCUUGGCCAACGAGAGUGUUUGCACGUUGCGGCAGUGCAUUGAGGCGCAGUACAUCGGAUCGCACUUUGCCAACGACUGGAAGUCGAUGGUCGAGAUCCUGAGCAGCAACACGGAGGACUUAGCGGUGGGUCUCCACAACCUUCUGCUCGACAUGAGUGAACAAAAGAGAGACGAGCCAUUGAAAGGUCUCGAAGGAGGCACCACUCCCAAAUGGGCGAUCCUCACCUUGCCACAACGAAACUCGUGGGAAGAGACCAUUGAAGUCAAAUAUCUGAAGAGUGCAAUCAAGAACUUGGAUGAUAUACUGCAGGAUUUGUACAAGAAAUGGGGUGGUGAUCAAGAGGACGGCAAAUUUGUGGCCGAAUUGAAGGAAGCGGCAGAUGUGAAAGACUUCCCGCCAAAUAUGCGGGAGGCGCAGAUGCCUCAGCUCUGGGCCUAUCGAUCUGCCGUGACCCUGGACGCGCUCCACAAGAAGAUUGGAAUGGAAUCCAAUACCAAGGAAAAUUUCCCGGUGCUGUGCACGGUGCUUCAGAAUCCUCUCAUUAGCAUUCUGCCCGCGCUGGGUACCUUGGUUGGUGUCUUCGAGUGGCAGGCGCUCUGCAUCAACCAGUUCAGCGGCCGCAUUACCAAGGCAAAAGCAGGUGAAAUGACCGUGAAUGACGUACUCAUGACGAUCCCACGGAAUGAAGCAGAGAAGCGGCUAUGGACGCAGGCCUUCAAAAAUUUCCAGAGGGCGUGGAAAUUGGCGAUGCCCUACUGUGAAUAUGAGUGCUUGCAGAUUAGCGAGAAGAUGCGGGAGCAUGAGUUGACUAUUGACGAUCCUAUGUUGCUCUGCAUUCCAGACUUCAAGGACGAUGGCAUGUAUGCCCUGGCGGUCAUCGAUUGGCUGGUGGCGCAGCACAAUGAGUUGGUGCAAAUUGUGGCAGGAACUCUAGGCUAUCCAGCUCGGAAAGUCUCGUCUCGACUGCUGGUGCAGCAUGAUGCCACCGUGUCGCAAGAGAAGUUCCACCGUUUCCGUGUCAUCAAGUACACCAAGCGGGAGCUGAUGCGCUUCCUUAGCAACCGCUGUGCCACCUGGGGUGUUGGAGGCAAGUUGAACCUGGACUUGAAGCAAGUGGAAUCGCAUUUGCGGCGCGAGCUAAGCAGGCCUGAAAUCACCGUGGAGAUGCGCGGUUUCCAGUGGCUGGGCGACGCCCCAGCGGCGGGGCACGAGCUGAAACAGGUGAUCAAUCAGCGGGAGCUGUUGCCCGACACCAUCGACCGCCUGAAGCUGGAGAUUCCAUCACCUGCCUUGGCGAAUGCCUGCCUGCAGAAGGUGCAGAUGUCCAUCGCUUUCAUCCUGAAGUCUGGUAGCAGUCUGGGUACGGAGAAGUCAGGUGAGAUGCUCCUGAGCGAUUACAUGCAAAGCGUGCUCGCUGAGACUCCUGAAAGCUUCAUGCCCACGACUGCGCAGAAAGAUGUGCAUCUUUGGCAUGUAGACUCCUUCGUGAAGGUCCUGAAACAGAUUGUGAACAAGGAUCCCGUGGAUUGCAUGGAUCCCAAGUACAAGGAAGAGUUGCCGGCUGACCUGAAACAGAAACUGCUGGAUGUGAAGGAGAAACUCCCAGAUCAGUUCGUUGACCUGCACCUUGGACCCCGGAUCUGGCCAGUUGGGGUGUUAAGCAAACACAAUAGGGAUGUAGAAGGAUUUAUAUGGACAUAA